AUGCCUGGCCGAUUAACUGGUAAAGUAGCUGUAAUCACUGGAGCUGGAUCUGGUAUUGGCUAUGAGGUCUCUGUCCUCUUCGCCAAAGAAGGAGCCCAUGUAGUCUGUGCGGAUAUCAACGAAGUCGCUGGUCGUGCAGUCACCGAGAAGAUCAACAAGGAAUACAAGCCUACUUCGGGCAAAAAGCCAGUCGCUGUCUUUUCAAAAUGUGAUGUUGGCAAGGAAGCUGAUGUUAAGGCUACCUGCGCGUUGGCGGAGAAAGAGUUUGGUAAACUGAAUGUCAUAUUCAACAAUGCCGGAAUCAUGCACCCCGACGACGACAAUGCAGAAACCACUCCGGAAGCUAUCUGGGACAAGACGUUUACAAUCAACGUCAAAGGUGUAUGGUGGGGUUGCAAGUAUGCUAUUCCUGCUAUGCGUCGUGCUGGCGGUGGUUCCAUCAUCAAUGUUGCCAGUUUCGUAUCUAUUAUGGGCGCGGCUACACCUCAAUUGGCUUACACUGCUUCAAAGGGUGCUGUACUUGCAAUGACACGUGAACUGGCAGUAAUCCACGCUCGAGAAAACAUUCGUGUGAAUGCAUUAUGUCCUGGUCCACUCAGAACAAACUUGCUGAUGGAUUUCUUAAACACGGAAGAAAAGAAAGAGAGACGUCUUGUUCAUGUGCCUAUGGGUCGAUUUGGCGAAGCUAUUGAACAAGCCUACAGUGUUGUCUUCUUGGCUAGUGACGAAAGCACAUAUACUACAGGGACAGAAUUUAUAGCAGAUGGAGGCAUUUCAGCAGCGUAUGUGACUCCUAUGGGACCUACCACGUCAGUUUCAGUACACAAAAAUGCAUCUGGAGUGUAG